CGUACUCGACGACACGCUGAUAUAAACACCGCCAUUACAAUGAUUAACCUGGCGAAAAAGCAGACGAAAUGCUGAGCUAAAAAUGUCUGGGUGGGUGUCAUUCGACAAUGAUGGAGAUGGAGAUGUACGUGGGAAAGCACCAGCCCUACAUUCAUCGAGUAAAUCAAGAGAAGAUUAUGGCGUUGGCCUGGUUGUUGAGGCGGGUGCAGGUGUUAUUAGCGGGAGUUGGGUGAAGUUUGAGCAUUCAACCUCCCCGAGCACGCCCACCUCUACCGCCCAUCGGGUGGCGGAGGCCCAGGCCCAGCGGCCUAUGAUAUCUCAGCAUACAGGUGGGUCCAUUCACAGCAGUAUAGAUGUGAUGUCCCAGGCAUCUGAUGACCACCAUUCAGCUAUAGCAUCAUCAGUGAUAUCUUCAAGAGGAAGCUUCUCAGGAUCCCAUGACAACAUCUCCAGCUCCAGGGAGUACAUGCCGUUAGAAUCAUCGUCCUCGUCUCCCAAGCCGGGAAAUGUUACCCCUAACUCAGAAGGGUGGGUCAAGUUUGGAGACUCCAGGAAAGUUGUAAGUUCAACCCCGCUGAAGAGUGUGGUCCCAGAGAAGGGGAUCAAAGAAAACGGUAGUCUGGAUAACUCAAGAGUGUCCAGUCCUGCCCCUGUAAAUUGGGUGCAGUUUGAGGACGACCAUGAUGUGACUUUGUCCUCAACGUCCUCAAGACCAUCACCUAUCUUGUCAUCUUGUGACGACUCUAUCACUCGUGAAUCUCCAUUAGAGGAUCUCAGUGCAAGGAGCAAUAGCAGACCUCUUGAGAUCCCCAAAAAGGUCAAUCAAAAUGUUAUUCCUGGUCAUACGCAAGUGGAGAAACUGAAACAGGGAGAUGUAAGAUCAGGGAUUAACCUUAAUUCUUCCAGGACAGUUACAGCCAGUUCAACUCCUAUACACAUGUCAGACCAUGCAAAUGACUUAGAAGUGUCCAGGUUUUCUGAAGUAGCUACUGGGCCAGAGACAAAUUACGAUACAGCAACUCCAGGAAACCCCUUCAAGGCAGACAUGUUGACUCUAGAGCAGUUGGAGAAACAGAAAGCCAUGGUUGAACAGGCUUGGAGGACUGUCUCUCCCUUCAACCCUUUCCUCAACAUGGGAGGUUUACAGUUAGCAAGCACACCUGUGAAAUCUAAUGCACAGCCCAUAUGGACAACCUUUGAUGAAAAAGAUGGUGCUUCAGCAAAUACUCAGAUAGUAUCCAGCAGUCCAGGGAAUCCAUUUGCAGGCAUGGCAGCAGCUUCUAAUGUGCAUAACAGAUCUAAUAUGGCUGCGACAUUCAACCCUCAGCAGCAAGCACAGGGACAAGUGAUCUUUGCAGCUGCUGCAGCUGCACAACAAAGUGCAGCAGCAUCUCAACAAAGUGUAGCAGCUUCACAACCAGCGAAGCAAGUUAUGGCAGUACAACCAUUGAUGCAGUCCAGUGGUGUUCAACCUGGAGACCAACGGACAGCAGCUAUUCUUUCACCCAGUGCCUACGCAUCUCAGCCCAUCAGUCCGAUUGGUAUGAAACCAAACCAGUGGCAGCAGCAACAACAACAACAGUUUUUCCCGUCAACAUAUUCUUCAUCGCAUCUGAACAUUCCUCCAGGCAAGCAGACAUUGGCAGCCAUUGUUUCACCUACAACAACAUCAACUACAGAAGGAAGUGAUAUGCCCGACAGUGGCAAACUACCUUUUAACACCCAGACAAGCAUCAAGUCAAAUUUGUCCUCUCCUAGGAGUGACAAGCUGUUUCAGGAUCAGUACCCUCGUGAACAUAUGGAUCUAUCAGAAGGAUGGCCUCUAAAAUUCAGAGUACCUGAUAAGAAACGAAUAGCAGGCUCGCGUACAUGGCAACCUAUCUAUGCGAGGCUUUCUGAAGGAAACAUCCUCCAGUUGUUUCACGACAGGACUAGAAAGGAACCGUUCCGGGAACUUCCCUUGCAGAGCAACUAUGAGAUAGGCCGUCCAAAUCUUCAGCAGUAUGAUGCAAAGGGUAAAAUUCAUACAGUCAAACUGCUGUACAUGUCCUACAAAGAAAAGAGGAAAGUCAGUGCCAAGGCAAUGUAUGACAAAGGAGUUAGCCUUGAAGAGCUUAUGAAGCUUGGCUCACUUGACUUUAAAGUGUACCAGAGCUUUGUGUUUACUAUCAAUGAUGCCUUGAUGAAAUUGACUCUCUACCAGGAUAGAGGUGCCCACUACCAACAGGAUAUGAUCAAAGUGGUUGUUUCUGACGAAUGCCGCUGCCUUGUCAAUGGCAAUGGAGAUGUUGUGCGGCAAUCCAUUUCUGUUGACCUUAAUGUCUUAUCUUUUCUCUCUGGGAGUCCUGACUGUGCAAUAGGCCUGAACGAUGUCCAGAUCAAAGGUUUGGAUGUUGUGGCCAGACAACACAUCAUCCCCAACAAAACAUCAGAUUGGAUCAAGAUGCAUAACGUAGAACUUCACAAAUGUGCAAAUAAAAAUGUGUUCGUGGACUCUCGAAUGAUCGAGUUUCAACCGUUGAAUGCCUGUCACUUUAGGCUCAUGCAGUUUCACAUACAGCCUUCAGAAGAAGAGGACUUACCCCUCCAGGUCAGAGCUGCUUUCUCAGGUGAAGGUACACACAUGGAACUCAGGGUGGAUCUGCUGGUACCAGCCUGCACCGGCAAGCGGAAUCCGAGCCAUUACCAGUGUGAGAACAUCCUUGUUCACAUUCCUGUCCCGGACCAUUGGGUCUCUUACUUCAGGAAACCCAAGCGGAUGGGGCAGUCCUCGAUCCAUGCAGUCAUCAAGAGGCCAGAUCUUAUCAAGAGAGGUUGCCUUAAUCCAAAGAUCCUGGAGAUCUCUGUCGGGACUGCCAAGUAUGAACAUGCCUACAGAGCUGUGAUGUGGAGGAUAGACAGACUACCAGAGAGAACCACAGGUCACCCUUCAACCUACAUUCUCAAGUGUAACCUGAACCUGAGUUCUGCAAGAGAGGUGAGCAAGACGUUCUCUCGCACCAUAGAGGUGGAGUACCACACCCCUCACACCACCGCUUCCAAGACGACUGUACGCUCCCUGGCCGUCUCCAGUGAGAAGUCUCCGGAGAAGAGGAUACGCUACAUGGCAACCUACGAGUACCAGGUGCAGAUUGAGGACAACUAUAUCCGGCAUUCUCUGGUCGAGGACAACGAUGCGCCCGGAAGAUGUUUGCAGCAGUGAAGACCACAUUCCACUUCCCACCCACUCCAGGACUACUGUCCCCUUCCUAGCUGUCUUCUCUUUACCCUUUUUCUAGAUGUUCCCAGUGAGAGGACAUUCUACCUGGCCUUUUACAAGUACCGGGUGCAGACUGAAGACAGCUACAUUUGCCCAGUAUAUGUCUGCAGCAGUGAAGACCACACCACUAUUACAACCCCUCAAAGACAACGGUCCAUUCUCUGGUUGACUGCCACGAAAUGAUUCAGAGCAGAUGAUACACUUGUAUCUAUCUACCCGGUGCAGAUUAAUGAUAUCUGCAUCAGAUUCAGGUACUACUAUUCUGCUCUUGUUUAUUGCGAAGUACCCAAUACAUGUAUGCAGCUGUGAAGACUACACCAGGCUCACCAUCCCUUCCAAGACUACCCUCCUCUCCCUAGCCUUCUCAAGUAAGAAGUCCCCUGGACGACCAGAUGCAUAUCAUAUUCAUAUUCAUAUUCAUAUUUAUUUCAUUUCCAACAGGACGGCCGCACCAGGCAUGCUGCAGUCCACGAUGAUGAUACUGCUUUACCCAAUGCAUGUCUGCAAUAGUUAAAACCACACCCCUUCUUACCACCCCUCCAAGACCAUUGUCUACCCUUUUGCUGCCUCUAAUGAUUCCUUUCUGCCACGUUUUUUUAGGAGAAAAGAGAAUUCCGGUCAUAUUCCAUUAAACAUUCACAAAUUUUCACCUGACCAAAACUAUUACAUCAUCAUUCCACUGUAUAUUCCAAAGUUUAUAUUCCAGUUAAAUGUAAGUUUAGGAGGAUUUUUGCAUUUUAGGGUAAAUGAUUACCAUUUGAAAUCUGUGUGGUUUUUGGGGUCAGUGUUAGUUCAGUGAUCCAAGAAUACAGGUAUGAAAAGCCAAAUUGCUAACAUUCUAUUCCAAAAAGAUGAGGUGCUCAACUCAUUUCUAAAAGUGGGUUGAUCUUCAUAUUAAAAAGAAAAAAUUGACACAGAAUAGGUGCAAGAUUGAAAGUGGUGUAUGUAUGCAUGUAGUGACCUUAUUGAUAUGUUAUGUAUGUUAGACAGACUGGCAGUUUGCUUGCUUUUCAACCAAUCUACAACUCGAUAUCAUCCCUAUUCUUUAUUUCAAUUAAUAAUAAUGUGAUAAUCAACAUUACUCAGUAAAAAUUAUCAGGAAUAUAUAUAUAUUAAUUUGUAUACAUGUACACAUAUUCCUAAGAAUAGAAUUCCCUCUCCCUCUAAUUGUAGAUUAUACAUAUAAACUUUCCAUGUCCAGUACACAUACCUGCUAACCAUGAGUGUCAAAAUGUGAGGUUUCUUUGACAGAAGCACCUUCAUAUUGAUACUAAUGUGAGAAAGCUGAUACAGGCCUACGUUAGAAAUAUAACUAUAAAUGUAGACGUAUGAUGGAAGUGUACAGUAAUGUAUGUUGCAGCGUCUGUAUUUUUAUGAAGACAUUUUUGUUAGAGAUGUCCUUUUUAUAAAAAAGUAUACGCAAUUAUGCUCCUACAAUUUCUGCAUAGGUGUACUUACCUCAAUUUUUUUAUCUAUGGGAAGGGAGUGUGCGUUCAUGUAAUUUGGUUUUUACAGACGUGUACAUGUAUCAAUCUGAUAUGAUUAUUUACGUCUGGGGACUGACCUCUAACGUCACCAUCCGAAAAAAGUGACUUAGUUUCGAAGCGGGGUCCGUCUGAGUCAAUUUUACGCAUAAGGAUUUACGCAUACUGCCAUCUGCUGCUCACAAUGUCUCAGUGUGUUGAUAGCCGAGGCCCACAACAGAUCACCAGUGUGAUGAAGUUGCUCUUUGUACGCCUUCACCCAAAGAUGGCGCAAUUGAAAAUAUAUCACAGCAAUGGUAGCGUUGACGGUAAAAUAUCCUCCUUUUAAAGCCAAAUUUAGUAAUUCUUUAUUCCAUUUCGUAAUCUUGGUGCUAAACUGUAGCUUAAAUCACUGUGUACUUUUCGAGAAUCAUUUUCACAUUCUAAUCAGCUACAGCGCCUUCUCUCAGAGGCCUAUGAGAAUUUUGAAAGCCUCACAAUCUGUAAUGCUGGAUGGAUGUCAUGGGAGUGAUUUUGAGUGAAUCCACAUUGAAGUGAUAUUGCAAUUGUCUGGAGAAAAAAAAAGGAACUGUCACUGUUUGAAAUGAAACAAUGAGACACAAGUUACUGAAUGUACUCAGUUGAUGAGACAAAUGCAAAUAGAUAUUCAUUGAAAUAUGAAAUUAGAUAAAGCAAGUGUGGGGAUGCUUUCCAGAUUUUGACUAAUAAUGAUAUUUAUUAAUAUAGUAUUCACAUAAUUAUAAGAAGUGUUAUAAUAAUUGUCUAACACCUCUAAACAUAACCUGUGUGACCAACAGUCUGUGCAUCAUUAACUUGUGAAAUAUUGCGCACGAUUAUAACUUAUAAUUUACCACUUGUGCUGGAUUACUGACUCUAACUCAUUAAAAUUGUGCAUUUUAAGUACUAAUGGUGUAUAUUUUUUUCUUUAUACAAUUCUAAUACAUUUAUAUUGUAAUUUUUUUAUUUAUCGUAUUAAUUGUGGUUAUAACUGUCUUUAUGUAAAUUAAUGUGUUGUCUUUGUCUGCAUCAAAUGCAUUAUGAUUCUUAUUUUUUUUAAUUUAAUGUUCAAACAGCUAUGACAAUGGUUGCUUUAAAUAAAAGUGCUGACUUUUUUUGGUGUACCGGUAUGUUAUUUUUUGUAACGGCAACUGGUUGCUGAAGAAUUUGUGAAAGAAAAAUAGAUGUAAGUACCGAUUGGACACUAUUGACAGUGACCCCCUGAGGACUGAUAUAUAAUCUUGCUAAGUGUUACUGGAUUACUUUAACUUGGUGAUGGUAGUAGGUAUGGAGAUGUUUAUACUCAGUUGGCACUUUCAAUUUAAGUUAUUUGGCAUCAUAAUGAAAAUCAAAUAUAAAUCAUAAGUACAGAUUACCUUAAUAUGCCAGGACCCCUAAGAAGCAACAUUUGCUUGUCAAUGGGGCCCCCUCAUAAGUUGAGCACUACUUUAAAUGAAAUUACAAACAAGACUGCUCUUGACUACAUUCAUGAAGCAAAGAAACAUGGAUAUUCAUAGUUCAUUCUCUAACUAUUAAAUUAAAGUAAGGUACUUGCUUACUGUUUUAUACCUUUAUAGAAAAUGCAAUACUUUGCAACCGUUGAAAAUCAUGAUUUUGUUGCAUAGUGGUACAUGUAGAGUUGUAGAUGUAGGACUAUGUCAUUAUGACAUGAAGCGGGUCAAUACCUCUGCUACAUUGAAUAGGCUUGGUAUUACUUAAAUCAUCUUGCAGAUAUUUCAAAUUACAAUGUUUAAUUAACAGACAAUACCGACUAUUAUGCAUUUUGGAUUCUAAAUACGUCAUUUCGUGCCAAUCCUUUUAUUGCUAUUAUAGCUAUGUUUAUAAACUGUACUGAUUUUGUGUGUAGAUUUCGAAAGAGAUCGUUACAGAGAACUGUUCCGAUUUUUUUCAACACCUCUGUCUUUUGAGACCUACUCCUGCACCCACUGCAGCGGCAAGACAUGGUUAAAGAUUGUAGAGUGAAACCUGUUUAUAAAGAUCACCCAAGGAAGACAAGAAAAGUGGUCUUUAUAGGCAGGUGGUCACUAUGUAAAGGUUCCUUUAGUACAUGCUUCAAUGAGAAACAAUUUUCAAGGGAAAAAAAAGUGUGGUCUUUGUAGACAGAUGGUCACUAAAACAAGUUUGACUGUACUAUACAAAGUGUUGGUUAUUGGGCUGGUGUAUGAUGCAAAUAUUCUGUGCGUAAUCUGUUGUAUGAACUACACAUUUGUUAGCAUAACUGAGCUGGCAGACAAGUGCUGAAAGAUGAAAAAAAAUCCAUCCAUUGGCAGAAUAUUGAUGAAACAUUGUGCCAUGAAAGUCAAACAAACAUUGAUGUAGGUGUAACAAAUGGCCUUCAGAUUUCUGAGUAGACUAUAUGAUGUCAAGAUUUUCUAUUUUGAUGGAUGUCUCGUGUUUACAGAUGUAUAUUAUUUUGUGUACAUUCUGAUGUUAAGCUGAUAAUGCCUAAUAGCUGGAAUGGGUCUAUAUUGAUAGAACGUAAAAAUGUUUGCCAAUCUGUUGAAAGUGCCUAUUUGUUCAGCCAAUAAUUACUCUUCACACCUUUGUAUCUAUUUUAAGACAUACCGGUAGCAAUAGGAACACAUAUUGCUUGCUUGGUCAUCGUCUACAAAUACAACUAUUGACAUACGUGAAAGUAUUGCAAAGGCGUUGAAACGGUUUAUGAAGGGGGUUAUUUUGUAGAAUUGUGCCUUUUAAAACAUUAAAAAGCUCAAGAAAUGUGUUUACAUGUAUGUAUGUAUGGCUUAUAUCUUUUCAAGAUUUUCUAUUCACACAGCCAAAAGUCUGCCAGUUUUAUAUGGUGAAAUAUUGCUAGAUGCCUUGCUCAAACUUGAUGCAUUUUAAAUCUUUGCUGUUUUUAAUAUAAAAUAUAUAAUAUUUUGUGUACAGUAACUUCUAAGAGAAACUACAUGUACCUUUACAAAUUGUAAAUGGGACAAAAAAUAUUUUGGUUAUAAAAAUAUGUUUAUCUUAUCAACGAAUGUAAGAUCUUUUAUAUUACUCGAUUUCAAUCAAAUAUAAAGUAAUAUUUGAUGCAGCUCUAUAAAUACAUCACUCAAUGCUGAGUGCAGAAACUGCAAUUCCAGUGUAUAGAUCAGAGUGUUGUGUAUGGUGCUAUUUACAAAUGAUAGGUCUUUAACAGCUCUUUAGCACCAGUACCGACAACACUGAAGAAUUUACAAUGAAUAAAUUAAAAGUGAUCGUUACGCAAUUAAAUGUAAUGUAAAUAACUUGCUAACAGUAAUCAUAGGCUAGAAGAGAAUAGUUCAUGUGAUACUGAUGAUGAUGAUUCACAGCAUUUGUAUGGCACCAUAUAUCUGUUUCAAAAAACAUUCAAAGGCGCGAGCUCCUCCAAUAAAGUUAGCAUUUAAAUUUCUGAAGGAAAAUGUGAGUUUUGAGUGAAGCUUUGAAGUCGAAAUGUUCAAGCAAUAUUGCCUUGAAAAUAAGAGUUAAAAAAAUGUUAUGGCACUCAGUACUGCUGGCUGCAUUGCUAAAUUUCAUUUCGGUGUCUUUUUUUAUUGUAUUCAUUGAAAUAAUUUUCUAUUGUGCAGAGUAAAGUACACGUAGUUAGUAUUGAAAAUUAGGUGGAGUACAUAGUUAUUUUGAAAUAAAUUAUACUAUUUUCUUCGGUGCUGGGGAACUCAUCGUCAUUUCCAGAUAAUCUAUUCCAGAUAUUGUACACAGUUUUGUGAAUAAAUUAUAUUGCUAUUAAAUCAGAACGUA